CACCCUGCUGCGCUGUCACCGGCCUCUCAUUGACUCAUCUUUUGUUUGGGGCCUGUCUUGUAUUGACACGCAGCUAGAAUUGAAAUUUUUUUCAGGGCGGUUACAGUUCACACAGACAUAACAAUUAAGACUUGGGAACAAAAUUGUAACACAUCUGCUCACCCGCUUGGAAGGAAGAAAGGUAUAUCACAUCUACAAACAGCUGAGCCUCAGUGGCAAUGCCCAACACUUCGGUCACCACCUACGGCCUCCCGACCGACAUCCAUCUCGGGCGUGGAACCUCGAACUCGGACGAGAUGGCGAGGGCUCGCCGGGUCCAACAGCAGGUUCAGAUGAGGUUGGCCGAAAAGUCGACACUUCCGCGUCACAAUGGCUCCGCUGUCACCUCCGCCAUGUCAGACUACGGUGGGUCUUCCACUAUGAAAUACCAGACGUACAAUCCAAGCUCCAAGGCGUCCUACGUCUUCUCAGGCUCCAGGACAAUGACGCCACAGAUAUCGCAGAGGUCCGGUUUCAGCUCUCUCUCGGCCGCCCCGGACAUGGCCCAGAUCCACAAGAUCAGCGUCGGCGGCGGACGACUCGCCGGAGGUCAUUACCGUGAAGAUGCCCACAUGGGUACUUACCAGGGGAACCAGUACCAAGCCCGCCUGGAACCUGAUAUGGUCGCCUUGCACACCAUGAGGCAGCAGACGAUGCCGGCAAACGCUUGGAUGGUGGACGGCAGCGACGGAGCCAGCUUGGCCUCCGACCGUGACGCCGGCUUCAACCGCCAUUUUGUGCAAUCCAAUGGCUACAUGGGCCAGGUGAGGCAAGGAGGAGGAUGCAUGACGCUCCCGGCGGGGUCCAUGCGCCGAUCCCUCAGCGGCACUAUCCCGCGUGGCCCGGAGAUUGACAUGGGGAUGGUCCAGCAAAGUUCCUACAAAGGCCCGGCUUAUCGCACCAUCAACAGGAUUAACCACCGAAACCGGAUGAGCAUGGGCUCCAUGUCGGGGACCCUGCAGCGGCAGAUGUCAAGCGCGUCCAGCAUGUUCGGAGGGGACAAAGUGGACUCGGGCUUCAUCGGGCCAGGAAUUUCCUCCGGUUCCCAGGGAAAUUUAGCCAUGCAGCGGCGUCAAAGCACUAUGUCUCGGGCCAUGUCGGUCAAAAGCAUGCAGAGUGUGGGCCGAGGUGUCGACAUCUUCAACGAGCAGAUGGGCAUCGGAAGCUUGGGGAAUCUCAACGGGAUUGAAACUUUGGAUAUGGCCAGAGCUGUCCAGUACCUGAGAGAACCGGACCCCGAUUUGCAAGUCCUGGGUGCAGCUUAUAUUCAACACGAGUGUUACAAUGACAGCGACGCCAAAAAUGAGGUGCGUCAAUCCAAGGGCAUCAACGAGCUGGUUAAACUGUUCAACUCAGAGAAUCAAGAAGUGCAGCGCUACGCCACCGGCGCCACGCGCAACCUCAUCUACGAGAACAUGGAGAACAAAGUGGCACUGAUCGAGGAGGGCGGCAUCCCUCAGCUGGUGGAGGCGCUCAAGGAGCCCGACGACGAGCUCCAAAAGAACAUCACCGGCAUCUUGUGGAACCUUUCAUCCAAAGACACCCUGAAGGAGAAACUAGCCCGAGAGGCUCUUCCGGAUUUGACCGAUAAGAUCCUCAUCCCGCUGUCGGGCAGCGAGGGCUCGGAGGUCAUCACGCAGUCGGCCUCUGAGGCGGAAAUCUUCUACAAUACCACCGGGUGUCUCAGGAAUCUGAGCUCAGUGAAUGAAAAGACCCGCCAGCAGAUGAGACAAACCCACGGGCUGGUUGAUUCUUUGGUGAGAUACAUCAAGGGCUCGCUGGAGGAGAACAAGGCCGAGGACAAGGGGGUGGAAAAUGCAGUGUGUGUCUUGAGGAACCUCUCCUACCAGCUGUACAGCGAGAUGCCGCCGUCGGCUCUAAUUCACCUGGAGGGGCCGAGCCGCGCCGAGGACUCCGGCAAAGGCGAAGCCAUCGGCUGCUUCACGCCUCAGAGCAAGAAGGCCAACAAAAGCAGGAACCAGGACCUGUCCACAUUCUCCGAGGUGGUCCACGUUCCAAAGGGGAUGGAGUGGCUAUGGCAUCCGCAGAUCCUGACCUUGUACAACCGCGUGCUGCAGCAGUGCGAGAUCAACUCAACCACGCGAGAGGCGGCGGCGGGAGCGUUGCAGAACCUCACGGCAGGAGACAAGCGGUGGGCGGGAGUCCUGAGCCGCCUGGCCUUGGAACAGGAGCGCAUGUUGCCCAUUCUACUGGACCGCACCAACAACGACCUGGAGCUGCGUUCCAUCACGGGCUUCUUACGAAAUUUGUCCCGCCACGCCAAGGAUAAGAAUCACAUGGCCACAAAAGUAGUGAACAAUCUAGUGACCAAGCUGCCCGCCGACGGCUACCAGAAGGAGCCAUCCAGCGAUGUGGUGGUCAACAUCUGCGGGAUUCUUAACAACUUGGUGACCUCCAGCUCGGUCGCCGCCAGAGACGUGUGCUUCUUUGACGGCUUGCCCAAACUGGUCGCCAUCAAGAACACCAAUGACUCCAGUUAUGGAAAGAUGAAAGCAGCCAAAGCAGCCGCCACAGUGCUCAGCAACAUGUUCCAGUACAAGAAGCUGCACAAAGACUACAAAAACAAAGGCUUUACGAGGUCAGACUUUGUAAACACGCUCGCGUAAAAUGGAAGGUAACGCGAAGUAGAAGUCGACUUCUACAGCGGUGAUCAUCAGUCUUGCACGCCACGGGUCAUCGGACGGCGAAGCACCACAUCGGCCUUGUCUACUAUUCCGACAUAAUCCAGGCUCUGUUUUUAUCUGCCAUAAUGUUUGUGAUAUAAACAUUCAAUUAACGUUAGAGAGAAAGGAGUGGAAUAAGCUGGAAUAUUUACUGCUAAGCAAAUGUGAGCUCUAAAUUCUAAUGUGGGGAUGUGUCUUUUGUACAAGCACAUGUAAAAAACAGUGUGAAGUUAUGAUUGACGAUGAAAUUGUGGUACUUAUACGGCUUAUUUGUAUAUAUUGCUUAUGGUUCUACUUAAAAAUCAUGUUUUAUACACUGUAACCAAGGACUUUCUCAUGUUGUGAUUUUUGUCACUCUUUAUUUUUUUUAAUAUUGUGUAUGAACUAAGUGAGAAUGCUUUGAAUGUACUCCAGAGUUAUCAAUAAUAAUAACAACAAUGUUAUCAUUGUCUAUGCUUUUUGCUUCACAAAGUUUGGUGUGCACCUCAGAAGAUGAACAUUUAGUCUCAAAUGCUAUGCUACAAAUGUAAGUUAUGUUAUAUUGUCUAGCUUAUGCAGUUUUUAAAAAAAGGUUACAGUGGUAUUGUAAGUGCAUGCAUGUGUGUGAUUGAGAAACCAUGCUUUGACAAAAGAAUGCAGUCCUAACAAGUUUUCAAAUAUGUUUGUUUAGUCACUGCUUUUUAUUUUUGUAAAUGAUCCAUUACAUUUGACACCUGUCAAGAUAUGGCAAAUUUUCAGUUGUAAAAUGGCCUGACACCUAGUUAAGUUGUUUCAACUCUGGGGAGCGGCUUCUCUUGUAUUAAAAAUAAAAGUUAUUUGCUCUGUGUGAAGCUGUACCAUCUGAUUUAAUAAAGAAACGGAUCUGCUGAA